AUGUUUAACCAAAGCACUGUGGCUGAGUUCCUUCUCAUGGGAUUCUCUGACACUCGAGAACUGCAGAUAUUCCACUUUAUGUUAUUUCUGACUGCCAUGGUGGGAAACUUUCUCAUUAUUGUGGUUAUAGCUGCCAGUAAUCACCUUCACACCCCCAUGUACUUCUUCUUGCUGAAUUUGUCCAUCUUAGACCUUUCAACCAUCUUUGUCACCCUCCCAAAGUCCAUGGCCAAUUUUCUAUGGAAUACCACAUCCAUCUCCUAUUCCGGCUGUGUUGCCCAAGUCUUUUUCUUCCAUGUUUUUGGUGCUGCUGAACUUGCUUUACUGACUGUCAUGGCAUAUGAUCAUUAUAUUGCCAUCUGCAGACCUCUUUACUACAAUAUCAUCACGAAGGGGAGCACUUGCAGCCUUGUGGCAGCCAGUGCAUGGCUCAGCUGUGUCCCUUACUCUGCUCUACACACUGGGAACAUCUUUUCUUUAACCUGCAAGUCCAACAUUAUUGAACAGUUCUUUUGUGAAGUUCCAUAG